AUGAAGUUCGCCGCCACUAUCAUCGCCAGUCUCAUCACUGUGCUGCCCAUGGCCAACGCCUGGAUCUUCUCCACUACCGCCGGUCAGUGGGAUGGCGAAAACAACCGUCGCUGCACCAAGGCCUCCUCCAGCGCUGGCGACGUUAUCGACUGGGAGAACGAGUGGGGCUCUGACUGCACCCUGCGCGUGUACAGCGACAGCAAGUGCCGCACUCAGAUUGGUAUUGCUUCUGAUGAUUGGAAUGACCACGAGCUCAGCACAGGGAUGGGUAGCUUUAAGGUUUCGAGCUGCUAG